GGGAUGUGCUGACCACAGCUGGGGAGGCCAGCUAAAAUGAGCUAGGAUGUGAAUCACUGUCUCUGGAUUUCAUACCCCCAAGUCAGCCCCCUCCCUUUGCCGUGACAGCAAGGGUGAGCAGUGCAAUACUGUCACUCCUGCUCCUACAGAAAAGGACGCUGCGGCGAAGAGGAUGCCGCUCAAUGCUGUCUGGGGAUGGAAAGAGAGGCCAGGAACCUUGAAUCCUGACACUUUCAUUCAGUUAUUAGACUGUCUCUGUCCUUGUUGUUUGCCAACGUAUGCAGUGUCAUUCCCCCAAAGUACACUUGAACAAACAGUUACCAGAACUCCUUCGAAGACUGGAUGGCAGAACGGAAACUGCUCAUUCUUUUUGGCAGCCAGACUGGGACAGCUGAAGACACAGCUGAGAGAAUUGGCAGAGAAGCCAAACGACGCCACUUUCAGUGCAGAGUGGAGGCACUGGACAGCUAUGACGUGGCAAACCUCAUCAAUGAGCUGCUGGUGGUAUUUGUGUGUGCAACCACCGGCCAGGGUGACCCACCUGACAACAUGAAGAUGUUCUGGCGGUUUCUGUUCCGGAAGAACCUGCCAGCCAGUUCCCUGUGCCAGAUGGACUAUGCUGUGCUGGGCCUCGGGGACUCCUCCUAUCCCAAGUUUAAUUUUGUUGCGAAGAAGCUGCACAAACGGGUGCUACAGCUUGGGGGCAGCCCUCUGUUGCCAGUGUCGUUGGGAGAUGACCAGCAUGACUUGGGACCAGAUGCAGUGGUUGAUCCAUGGCUCCUGGACUUAUGGGACAAGAUCCUUGCCUUGUAUCCUCUCCCUCCUGGCCUUGAGAUCAUCAGUCCAGAUGCACGCCUGCCCCCAAAAUACACCCUGCACUACCUGGCUGAGGACUCCUCGUGCUCUGACGGCGACCUGCUCCAGCCAACAGCACCCAGGGCUGUUCCCUCUGAACUGCAUCCCUUUGCUGCUCGGAUGGUGUCCAAUCAGCGAGUCACAGCAGAAUCCCAUUUCCAGGAUGUCCGGCUCAUUGAGUUUGAUGUCACAGGCUCAGGGAUCACGUUCAGCGCCGGAGACGUGGUGAUGAUCCAGCCCCAGAACUCCCCUGAAGACGUGCAGCAGUUCUGCCAGCUCCUGCGCCUGGAUCCAGACAGACACUUCGUGCUGAAGCCCUCGGAGCCUGGCACAGCCCUCCCUCCCUUUUUGCCACAGCCCUGCACCAUCCGGCACCUGGUUACCCAUUACCUUGACAUCUCCUGCGUGCCCCGGCGCUCCUUCUUCGAGCUCUUGUCCUCCUUCUCUCCGGAUGAACUAGAGCGGGAGAAGCUGCAGGAGUUCAGCUCUGCACAGGGCCAGGAAGAACUGUACAGCUACUGUAACCGACCCCGCAGGACCACUCUGGAGGCCCUUUGGGAUUUCCCUCACACCACGUGUGCCAUUCCACCCGAGUAUCUGCUGGACCUCAUUCCUCGCAUCAGACCUCGCGCCUUCUCCAUCGCCUCCUCUUUGCUGGCUCACCCCAACCGGAUCCAGAUCCUCAUGGCAGUAGUGCAAUACAAGACGCGGCUCAGCAAACCCCGCCGUGGUCUCUGCUCUACCUGGUUGGCUUCCCUCAACCCGCAACAUGGAGAUGUCCGGGUACCUCUUUGGGUGAAGAAAGGAGGAAUGAAGUUCCCAGUUGACCCUGACACCCCCGUGAUCAUGAUUGGCCCUGGCACAGGAGUGGCACCUUUCCGAGCAGCAAUACAGGAGCGUGUAGUACAGGGACGGAGAGGGGACCUAAGAUUGUCACAGGCCACCUGGCUUCGAGCUCAUGUCGUUCUUGAGUCCUCCUGGCUCUUCCCCGGCCAGGGCUAUCAGCCAGGAGCGUUAGGGAACUGCUUAUUCUUUGGCUGCCGACAGAAAUCCAAGGACUUCUACUGCCAGUUGGAGUGGGAAGAGCUGGUGACGAAGGGCUUCCUGAUGCUUUUUACAGCCUUCUCCAGGGACCAGGAGGAGAAGGUGUAUGUUCAGCACCGCAUCCGAGAGAACCGAAAGCUGGUGUGGGAGCUGCUGAGUAGCAGGAACGCUCACGUCUACCUGGCCGGGAAUGCCAAGCAGAUGCCAGCAGCAGUGGCUGAAGCCCUGCAGUCGGUGUUGCAGUCAGAAGGUGGCCUGUCGCCCUCCGAAGCUGAGGAGUAUUUCACAGCCCUGGAACGAUCCCAGCGCUUCCAGUCUGAAACCUGGUCAUAAACCUGGCUUCCAAGCCUUCCUCCUUCCUCCCUGCAAGCUGCGUGGGAGAGCCUGGGCCUGAAUAAAGGAGGAGCAAAAUGA